GGCUUUAUCCUACACCUUCGCAAGCUAUCCCUCUGUCGAGUGUCUUUUCCACUUGAAGAACGUCCAAUCGCAACAUCAACCCAGCUUCCCAAUAAUAUCCGGUAGAAAUAUGGUCAACACAGGCAAACCAUCAAGAGGGUGUUAUAUGUGCCGUGCGAGGCGAAUUAAGUGCGAUGAAGGGAAGCCUGGAUGUAUGCGAUGCCAGAAGUCGAAGAGGGUGUGCCCUGGAUAUCGGGAUGCGUUCGAGCUCAAGUUGCGAGAUGAGAGUAAAUCUACGAAGAAGAAGCACAACCGGAGGCUGAAUCAGACUCAAUACCCAGUACUUCACGAUGUCGUCAAUCAAGCAGAGAUCUACCAAGACUCGUUCCUUGAUCCAGCUCUAUUCUAUCCUGCUGCAGCUUCCAGUUCUCGUAUCUCCCACUCGCGGAACAGUUCCUCAUCGUCAAAUUCAUCGCAAGACUCUUUUAGAAGCCCAGAAGAGGACGUUAGCAGCGUUGUUUCGUCUUUCACCCACCAUCUUACAAUCCGAGGGCAUAUGACGACUCCCCUCAACCAGCAAGCGGCAUGUUUCUUUCUGGCCAAUUUUGUCCUGGUCCCAAAGGCAGGCACUAUGAGAGGUUAUUUCGACUUUACGUUACCACUUUUGAAACAAAGGGAUCCAUCUCAGGGUCUCUUACUCGCAUUUUCCGCUGUUUCCCUCGCAGCUUUGGGCACCCGACCGAAUUCAAAGGCUCUACUUCCAAAGGCCGAUCUAUGGUACCUGAAUGCUUUAAAGGAGAUCAACUCAGCUUUAAGAGAUCCCAGACUGGCUUCAAGUGAUUCGAUACUCGUUUCUGUGAUGUUGAUGGCUACUUUCGAGCAACUAACCCCCUCAAGAUUGAAGAUCGGAGGAUGGGCCUCCCACAUCGACGGAGCUGUUGCAGUAAUCAAGUCUCGUGGAAGCGAGCCGCAUAAGUGGCAGUCAAAAAUUGCCCGUGAAAUUUUCAUUUCGGUCAGAGCUCACAUGACCAUCCAUUGUAUAGCAAAUUCAAAAGCGGCAGACCCAAAUGUAGAUUGGAUGGCUAUCGAAGCAGACGACCCUGUCGUCCAAACUUUUGCGGCUGCCAAUCUCAAAAUGGCCGCUCUGCGAGCAGACACUGAUAAAACCACAACACUAAAAGUUCACUCCGCCGAGAACACGGAAAUAGUAAAGAAACUAUUACAAAGAGCGCAAGUUCUCGAUCAGGAAUACUUGGACUGGAUCAAGGCCCUUCCAGCCGGUUGGGAGAUCAAGACUGUCGCCUGGGUUGAUAGCGCCGUCCAAAAUCUCUCAACAUCGCUUGUGCAUCCGGGUAGAGUGGAUGCUUAUGGGGAGCUGUGGAUGGCAUACAAAUACAACAUCGUCCGGUCUUGUCGGUUAUUUAUCUAUUCCACCAUUCUUCGCUGCGUCGCCUGGCUAGGAAACUCGCAUGACUAUCGACUCACGCCUGAAUACACCACAGCCGCCCGAAUCUGCCGUCAACUCGUCGAAGAUAUAGUCGCCAGCGUCCCUUACUUCUUUGGCUGGAACAGCGAAAAUGAUGUAACAAUGAAAGCCAGGGCCAACUUUGCCUGUGGUUCUAGCGACGAUCCCAGCGUCAAGCCGCUGUCAGGUAUUUUUGUCAUGUGGCCACUCUUCACCGCUGCAGCUUCGGAUUUUGCUUCGCCUUCACAACGAAUUUUCCUCCGCGGGAGACUGAAACAUAUAGCUGAGACCAUGGGUAUUGCUCAAGCUCUCAUUCUAUCCGAGCUCCCACUCGUCCACCCCUCUCUCUAUAUCAUGCGAGAACGAGCGAAUCUCAUGCCCACAGCCUGUCAAUCCGACGAUACGACCGUCACAAUCACAGAAGCAGAGGCAACGGCCACAGUCACUCUCGCUCCUGCCCCUCCUCAACAACAAAAUGGGUGGCUACCACGCAGCUUCGGAUUCGGAGAAAAUGGAUUCUUCCAGAACGCCGUGGCAAUAAAACAACAUGUGCAAGAGUACCUCGAAGGGUACGAGCUGACCGGCUUCUAGCCCUCCCCACACAUCGGCCAACUUCACAAUUUAAUGUAUUUUUCUAUCUUUUAUGUCAUGUCAUUCAUUAGCGUUUUGCCUUCGGAGUAGAGGGCUUGAUGGUUAGAUAGACUCCGUGCAACUGGACGGUCAUUUACAACCCAUUUGAAGGCAUACGCAAGCACAGGAGUUUAGUAAUUUUCCAUGACUUAUGAUUCACGAUUG